AUGGCGGGCGCGGCUUGCGACGCGGGUGUCGCGCUUUUCAGGGCGAGGUUGCUCGUCAGUGCCCUCUCUGCCUUGUCAUCUCUGCCUUCCGCUUCUGCUCUUCUCGCUUCUUCCUCCUCUUUCGCGCGCAUGUCUCCUUCUUCUCUGCGUUCUUGCUCGUUUUCUUCCCAGGGCUCCGCCCGCGUGUCGCGACGCCCGUCUUCUCCCUGUCUUCCUGCUCCCUCUCUCUCGUCUGCGGCCGGUGGCGCUGCUUCCUCCGCUGCCUCCAGUUGUCUCCAAUCUACUUCUUCGCCUUGUUUACCUUCUGUGAGCGCCUCUUUUUCGUCUUCUCUUCCCGUAUCUCUUCUCGCUGCAUCUUCGUCUCCUCUCUCGCUUUCGCUCUUUUUCUUCUCCGCACAGAAAGCAAGCAGGCCCCUGGCGCCGGUCUUGCUGUCUCGGGGCAUCUCCUUCAAGAACCGCGCGGAAUGGAGGGCCUUCAUGCGUCUGCCGCCGAAGUCGCGCGUGGAGCCUCGGCGUUCCAUCCCGCGUAUUUACCCGUGGCGGAUGGCGCACAAUCCUCUGCCUCGCCGGUAUCCGCUUUACAAGCACCGCACGCUUUUUCUCCCGCUGUCUCUCCCCUCGUAUGCGCCGCAGCCUGCGAUCUCUGGCGUGCCCGUUGCGCCGCUGACUGUGACAAGCAACGCCGCCGAUCUCCCGCAUUCCUUUCUUCUGCAGAAGGCCGUACGGGAGCUGCAGCCGCUCGCGGUGCGCGGCUCUUCUUCUUCCGUGACUUCCUCUUCUUCCUCUGCCUCUUUAUCUCCCUCUUCGCCGCUUGAGCUGCCGCACGUCCUCAGGGACGGCAGCGUCCGCAGCAGACGCGGCGCCGCUGCCCCCCCCUCGUGCGUCGCCGCCCGCGCAGCGGCGCUGCGGCGCGACGCCGUCGAGGUCGCCUCGCAGUUCUCGUCUGCAGCGGCUGCGCCGCAUCCCCCCCCUCCCCUCCGCGCGUCGGGCGCCACGUACUCGGGAGCUUUCGUGGUCCUCUACUCCGCAGACGAGUUCGCGUCCUUCGCGGCAGUUCGCGCCUUUCUCGACGCGCGCGCGCCGGGAGUAAGGCUGGAGGGGCGGCAGGAGGCGGGCGCUGGCCUCUUCAAAAUCCUCCGCAGAGACGAUAGCUUGCCGGUCUUCGUGAAGGACGAGACGAAUCGACCCGACAAAACUCGAAGGACAGCCCUGGCGCGACGUGAAACAGGGACGGCGGCAGUUCGCAACAUUCUCCUCGCAUGUGGCGCAGCUGGCGACCCGUCAGCGGUUUGA